UGUGCUGUGUCCCUCGGACACAGCGGAUCAUGGAUCACGGAAAGAGCCAAAGAUGUCGGCUCGGUCAUUUGAUCAGCUGUGUCCAAUCACAGCUGAUCACAUGGGACAUGUACACUGAUCAUCAGGGCACUGAUGAUCAGUGUGCCCUGAUGAUCAGUGUAGCCCCAGAAGUCCCACCUGUCAGUGUCCAUCAGUGCCAGCAGUCAGUGCUCAUCAGUGCCACGUGCCAGUGCCCAUCAGUGCCACAUCAAUGCCCCAUACCAGUGCAUACCAGUGCACAUCAAUGCCACAUAUCAGUGCCCAUCUGAGCUGCCUUUCAAUGUCACCCAUCAGUGCCAGUCAGUGCCACCUAUCAAUGCCAAUCAGUGCCACCUAUCAGUGCUGCCAAUCAGUGCCACCUAUACGUGA